AUGUCGACCAAGAAGCCAAGAGACCGGACCAGCCCUUGCUGCGUCUGCAGGUUGAAAAGGCGAGGAUGCGAUCGGCAACGACCAGUAUGUGGACAAUGCCGUGAGCUAGGCCUGUCGGAUGAAUGCUCCUACCGACCGGAGGACAUGCCUCCUCCGCAUGGUUCAUCACGGUCGCUACUUCCGCAGCAACUGAAGCGGCUGAGGUCACUGCCCUCCCAGUCACUAUCUGCGCCUUUGGUGGUCAUCCGGUCCGCUGCACCGCCCAGCUCUACCUGGAAUGGGAGGGAGUCGUCGCCAAGGCGCACGCUGCAGAGUUCACGAGAGGCUGGGUCCAGGCUGCGGUAUACCCUCGACCUCUUUUCGCAUCGGCGAACGCAGUCUGGAUCUGCCAUGUACCCUGCCCGAGGUAAUUUGCAAGCGCGCGGGCAGAUUGAUUUCGACGAGGAUUCUGUUGGUGAGUCCGAGGAAAAGAGCGAUGCGAUUGAGGUUUUGUCGAGUCAAUCGGAUGAGUCGUUUCAUACUGCCACGCGAUCACCGGUGCCUGAGCUUAUUUGGGAUGAGAGUCGCGGUGCUCAGGGAUCGCAUUUUGCGAGGAUACGACAGGCCCAGGAGAGACGGACGGGGAGUGUCAAGCGGGAAGAGGAACAGCCGAUUGAGGAUCGUCUGCCAAGAUUACAACACUCGAAUCUUGCCGGUAGGACGUUUAUCUCGGCUUUGGACGAAGUAGACGAGAUGAUGGAUUCUCCCGUUGAUUUGUCCAAGGAGGAUGCAGAUCGACUGGUGAACGUCUACUUGAAUCUGGAUUAUGUGUCGCUGCCGAUCUUGGAUAUACAGGACUUUCGCGCAGCGUAUGAAGCAGCUAGUGUUGCUGGAGACUCUACCACGCCGGACGCAUUUUAUGCCAUUCUGAACACGAUCUUUGCCCUCGCGUGUCUCAGUGUAGACGACAUGGGCGACGAAAGGGCGAGAUACUUCUUCAAAGAGGGCCAGAGGCUGGCCAACCUGUUCGAUCAAUACAAAUCUAUUGAUCUUCUUCGAUUAUACCUCCUACAGAUUCAAUAUCUCAACGCCAUAGGUGAUCUACAUACGGCUUGGGCUAUGAUCGGAUCUACAAUACGACUCGCGCAGUCACUGCGUCUGCCUUUCGACGCCAAGCAACACGGGCACAGCAGAAAAGGCCGAGAGACUUGCCGGAGGCUCUGGCAUGGCGCGAUGAUAAUGGAACGGAUUCUUGCGCUGCGGCUCGGCAUCGCGCCCCAAACACCCGAUCCGCUGCGGGUUCCUCUGCCCACGCACUUGGAUACCGACUAUGUUGAUGUGAUUUCGAGGGCACAGUCGAGCGCACCGUCGAACUCGCAAGGUGAGCGUGCAUCGAUAAUCGAGUUCUUCACCGCCUGCGCAAGGCUGUACAGGCUUGUCGAGGAGGUAAUGGCGUGGGAGGAAGAAGCAAGGAUUCGGCCUCACGGCUGUGCCAUGAAGAAAUUACUGUCGCUGGAUUUUACGCGGUUCUUGAAAGCGGAUAGCCUCUUACAUGAUUGGAAUCUGUCACUGCCCUCGUCUCUGCGGAGCAGUGGGGUGCAUGGCACAGAUGAACACUCCAUCGUCGUCCGACAGCGGAAUAUUCUCCGGGCUCGAUACUUGUAUAUUCGGCUUCGGCUGAACCGGCCGUUGGUUACUCUAGGGCUAGCGCUGACCACCGCGUGCAAGUGCAAGUCGGAUGGGCAGCCUCACAUUGUGGAAAGAAGGCUCGCCCCAGACUCCCCCAUCGCGCUGAGCCUAGUCCAUGGGGCUUCUAUCAAGUGCGUCCGAGCUGCGCUUGAAUUGACGGAGCUCAUUCGCGUGCAUGAGGCUGGAUUGCUUCGACUUGAUACACCAUACGACGCAAGCCACUGUCUCAUCCCACCCUACUGGGAGUCUGUGGACUAUCUUUACGUCUGCGGUACAGUCUUCCUUGCUAGCUUCAACCACCAAUGUCCUUUCUUCGGAGAUAUGACCGACGAAGAAGACGAGCAAUGUAGAGUCCUCUGGCCCUGCAUCAUAGACCUUCUCGAUCGCUACCAGGGAUAUCGUCGCCGCGGCCGAACGAACAAUGUAGCCCAGGCGUGCAGUCGUACACUGAGCGAGCUUGCGAAAGCCGUCGAAGGCACAGAUGGUACGGGUUGGAUGGUCGAUUCGGCGGUAUUAGGGCAAGACGCGCGAGCAAGGUUCUUUCAGCGGACCGAGAUGGAGUCGCCGAUCCGACACAGACGAAUAUCAGGCGCGAGUCAGACGAUUUUUGGGGCCGUCCCUGAGUUCCCGGUGUGGAUGGAUAGUUUACCAGUUGACCUGGUGGGAUGA